GCUUUCUCAGCUAGAGGCUUUCUUAGCCAUGGCACGCCGCCCGGUAUUGUCGCUGGCUUUGCUGCUGGCUGCUUGCGCCUGCUCGCUGGGCUUUGUUGGAGGCGGGUUGCCAGCGAGCCAGAGGCAUGCGAGGCCAUCUGUGGCCUGGAGCCAAGCAUCCGAUGGGAGAGGAGACCAUGGUGGCCGCUCUCAAGGCCGCGGACUUUCCCACGACGCUGAAGAAGGUCCAGGCCAACGUGAUGGAGGGCAAGUUUGGUGAGCGGGGAGAGGAGUACGUUGCCACCCAGGCUUUCUUGCUGCUUUGCAUCGUGAUUGGCACUGUGCCGCUGGUGGGAGGCUCCUUGUUCUUUCUGGCGGGCCCCGUGUGCGUGGCCCUGGGCGGCGCGCUCUUGGCGGCCGGGGUCUACGAGCUGCAGGGGGAUUUGACGCCUUGGACGGUGCCGCCUGCUGAGGCGCAGCUGAAGACGGGGGGCGUCUACGAGUACGUGCGCCAUCCCUUGUACGGUGGCCUCCUGCUGUUGUGCUUCGGCUUGGCCAUCGUCAGCAACAGCGCGAGUCGUUUGGUGCUGACGCUGGCCCUCUACUUCGUCCUUGACAAAAAGGCGGACAACGAGGAGGAGGUCUUGCAGAAGAAGUUCAGCAGCUACGGUGGGUACGCGUCCAAGACCAAGGGCAAGCUACUGCCGGACCUGGACAAGCUCCUCGCGAGCGGCGGGAGCAAAACGCCUCCUAUCGUGGACGUCUGAGCGGGGAUGCGCGGCUGUGGGCUGAGGAGCCGAGGGUUGUUUUUGGGUCUUGGUUUGGGUCUCCCUCUUUUUCGG